CUGGGCUAUUUGCUUGUCUUAAUGAUGUGACAGGAGGAUUUUUAGUGCUGAUGAUAUGGCAGUAGGAGUUUGUGGCUGGGCUAUGGCUGGGCGAAAACCAUUUGGAUGCUCUAAGUGUAUUCUUUUUUUAGAUUGUCCCUCUAUCUCUCUUACAUCUAGGCGCGCACCACCGCCUCCACCAAAAUCAAGGCCAACACCACCACCUUCACCAAAAUCAAGGCCACCUCCACCACCCCAACCAACAAAGAAACUAACCCCGUCAUCUCACAAGCCACCCAUUGCUCCAAGAAUUCAAGAAAACAGAGUUCACACAACCAAGCUCAAGCCCUUGCAUUGGGACAAAGUUACAGCUGACACUGAUCAUUCCAUGGUGUGGAAUGAGAUCAAUGAUGGCUCAUUUAGGGUUGAUGAUGAACUGAUGGAAGCACUCUUCGGCUAUACCGAUCAGAAACCAAGUGAAAGAAACAAGAACUCAAGCUCAAUUGCAGCUCCAUCAACACAAGCAUUCAUUCUCCAUCCGAGAAAAUCCCAAAACACAGCAAUCGUCAUCAAAUCUCUGCAAAUCUCACGCAGAGAAAUCGUGGAAGCAGCCAUGGAGGGAAGAGGCCUCAACGCCGAAACCCUAGAGAAACUGACCAAAAUCUGCCCAACAAAAGAGGAAACCACCAAAAUCCUCCAAUUCACCGGCGAUCCAGCUAAACUCACCGACGCGGAGGCCUUCCUCCACCACAUUCUACGAGCAAUCCCAUCAGCGGUCGUCCGAUUCAACACCAUGCUCUUCCGAGAAAGCUACGAGCCGGAGAUUCUCCAUCUCAAGGAGUCGCUGCAGACCUGCGAGCUAGGCUGCAACGAGCUCCGUAGCGGCGGCGUCUUCUUCAAAUUCCUCGAAGCGAUCCUUAAAGCAGGAAAUCGAUUGAACACCGGCACGAAUUGGGGAAACGCGCAGGGAUUCAAUCUCACAUUACUGUGGAGGCUCUCCGACGUGAAGAGCGCCGACGGCAAGACCACGCUGCUCCACUUCGUGGUAGAGCAGGUCGCGAAAUCGGAGGAGGGGAAGCGGAAGAGUGAAGAAACAGAUAUGGAGGAGAGAAAGAGCCUGAUGCUAGGGUUGCCGGUGGUGGAGGCUCUAAACGCGGAGUUUUGCAAUGUGAAGGGAGCCGCACGUGUGGAUUACGAGGGUUUGACCGGCACGUGCGAGGCCCUUGCGGCUAGGGUUGAUGAGAUCAAGCGGCUGCUGAGGCGGGGCAAGGGCGGGGAGGUGGGGAUAUUUACGGCGGAGAUGUGGGGGUUCUUGGAGGGGUGCGAGGAGGAGCUGAUUGUGGUGAGGGAGGAGGACAGGAGGGUGGUUGAGCUGAUGAGGAAGACGAACGUUUAUUAUCAGAGGGGUGUGAAAGGGGGGAAUCCGUUGCAGCUGUUUGUGAUGGUCAAGGAAUUUUUGGAGAGUGAGGAUCGAGUCUGUUGCGAGAUUAGGAAGAAGUUGGAGAAGAAAGAGGUGGCGCGUCGCCGCCAUUGUCGCCGACGCCGAGGUAGCCUGUGAGGUUUCAAAAUUUGCAGAACUAUUUCGCGACGCAGAGGCUUGGGACGACCUCUGAUUCCGAUGACGAUUUUAGAUGGUAGAUGCCCGACUUUUGAAAAAGCGCUAAAAACUACUCCCUCCGUCCCAGAUAAUUCGGGUCAAUUUAACCUGACACGAGUUUUAAGAAAUGUUUGUUUGACUUUGAUUUAAAUGAAGGUAGGUAGUGAAAAUGGGGCCCACCUUGUUACUUUUUCAUUGCCAAUUUUAUGUAAAACUUGAAUUAGUUUUAAUGUGAGUACAAGUAAA